AUGUUAAAAAUACUAGGAAGCCCUACUUAUAGUGUCAGAAAAAUAUCAGCAAUCGUUUCAAUAUCGGGUUUUGUGAUGGGAAUGGAUAUCUCUUCUUUGGCUCUGUUCAUUGGCACAGAAGGUUUCGAAACAAUUUUUGAAAAACCGAAUCCAAUUGAGCAAGGACUUUUAGUUGGUGCCAGUCCCCUGGGAGGAUUGGUCGGAUGUCUAUUGUAUGGCAUUCUUGUCCGAAGGAUCGAUAGAGUGACGCUAUUUCGAUUAGGUGCUAUGAUAUGGAUCAAAGGUUCGAUAUUGAAUGUUUUAGCUUUCAAUAUUUGGAUAUUAGCUGUUUCUCGUUGGAUCAAAGGGCUCGCGGCAGGACUGUUUUCGAUUCUACUAGCUGCAUAUAUUGGUGAAGUGGUGCCAAAAGAGAAAAAAGGAAAAUCAAUGGCAUUUGUACAGUUGUCAUUUGCAUCAUCAAUUUUAGUUAUUUAUUACGUGAGUGUUAGCUUGAAUUAUUUCCAGAUGCAAUUAGCCGCUAGGCUGACCUGGUCACUUGAAAUGAUUCCCGCUGUGCUCCUACUAGUUUCAACGAUAUGGUUACCAGAAUCGCCAGAGUGGCUAAUUUUGCAUGGUCAAUAUGAUAAGGCAGAGGAGAUACAAAAUAACCUAGCCCUUCAGUACAAUAAAGAGAACAAAAACUGUUCCGCUAAACUAUUGAAUAAAUUAGAUUUGGCUCUCAUUUAUGAGGAAUGCUCAUCAGAAUUUAAGUUCAGAGACUUCAUUAAAGAGAACUGCUGCAGACAAACUAUUAUGGGAUCGGUUUUACAACUUUUAGUGCAAUUUAGUGGAAUCAACAUUUUGAUGUACUACAUUACCUUCAUUUGUGACAUGAUCGGAUUAGAAGGAUCAGCUAGGAUUGCGUCUGCAUCGAUUCCGUAUGUCAUUAACUGUUUUUUAAGCCUCCUACCUAUUACUUUUCUUGACCAUGUUAGAAGAAAAGACAUUACACUGGCUGGGAGUUUCCCCCUGGGCAUUCUUAUGAUUACAAUUGGUACCCUAAUGGCAGUAUACGGGCAUCAAGUUGAGCCCAUAAAUGGUAACAAAUCGUUAAUUUGGGCGGUAGACAGAAACACCGGACCACUAAUACUGGGCCUGUGCUAUCUGUUCAUAGCCAUCUUUUCCGUGACACUGUCCUGUGGACCGUGGAUAUACACAAAUGAAAUACUGCCACCAAGGUCAAAGGCGAAGGCGUUGCCAAUCUGCAUGUCUGCUGGAUGGCUGGCCAAUUUCUCGCUGACGCUGCUAGCGCCUACGAUGAUGGUGUCUUUGAAGUGGGGCACCUUCAUAUUGCUUGGAGCAGUCACUCUGCUGAUCAGCAUAGCAAUUCUAGUUCUGUUUCCUGAAACGAAGUAUCUAUCAAGAACUGAGAUCGAUUUACUUUACGCCAAAAACAAAGUGUCGAAGGCCACAAAGCCAGAGCGACCAAAAGACCAAUCCAGCAUUUCGUCUUCUGAUCCAGAAAGCCCCGACACCUCCCAGCAUCUCACCCCCAUCGUAAUUGAAGACCAGAGGACAUAA